CACAAACCAAUACAUCGGGUCAGUCCACACGUAUAACUAUGUUUUGCUGUUUCGAUUACAAUGACUACAUUUUCUGACUUUUGACAAGUCCAAGCAAUUGCAAAUGAAAAAAAUGUCCAGCAAUUCCGUAAGAAAAUGUUCCGCAUGAAAAAGAACCAAUUACCUGCAAGUCAUGCCAACGUUUUGAAAAUUUUUCCAAUUAAGCUUAAAAAUGCCUGAGUAUUAAAAAAAUAGUAUUUUUGAUUUCCAAUAGAUUGCAGUAAUACAUUUAACAUCGUACAUUCAGUACUGUUUAGUCCAUGACCCUUCAUGAACCGAGCAACAUCGCCAAUUCUGUAGGCGCCAGGCACCGCCUACUAGGCGCAGAGACUAGGCGGCGUUGAUCCGAGUAUUUCAAUAACUAGAUACUCUUUGCCUGAUGCUCAGUUUCUUCCUCUAUAAUCUCUUUGGUCUUCUCUAUUCGGAAAGUUCUCCCCUGUCUCCCUCUCCAGGCAAAGGCGAACGUUGUCGAAGAUAAAAGUGGAUCUCGGAGAAAAUGGCGAACUUCGGAAGUUUGGUGUUGCGAAGGGCUUUUAAUGUAGCUAGAAGGCAAUCGUCCACUUACUCAGGAACAGCAGCCACAGCAGGAGGACAUGGAGGAGGAGUUAAAUUGUGGAAGAGUUUAUCAUUUUUCGUUGCCCUUCCUGGUGUUGGAAUUUGCAUGUUAAAUGCUUACUUAAAACAUCAAGAAGAGUCACAUGAGCAACCAGAAUUUGUGCCAUAUGAACAUCUUCGAAUUAGAACCAAGCGAUUCCCUUGGGGGGAUGGUAAGAGGUCGUUGUUUCAUAAUCCCCAUGUCAAUGCCUUGCCCGAUGGCUAUGAAGAAGUGGCACAUCAUUGAACAUAGCGAAUAUGAAAUGUAGUUGAAGUUUUUCAAGAUUCCAAAUAUACAUGGUACCAUAAUUUGUAAAUAGUGGCUUGGUUAUCAAUAAACACUGCUAAUAACUUAUAA